AUGCAACUGCUGCGUAUUCUUCUAGUACCAUUUCGAGCAUUUCUUCAAUAUUUCGGACUAACCACCAAAUCUGAAGAUCUGCCACCUGUCCAGAAUGGGCAGCUGAGCAGAGAAAAAAGAAGAGAAAACACUCGAGAAAAACGAUUGGAUGGACAAAGUGACGUGGAGCAAGCGCAAGAGACGACUACAAGUGCUACACCAGAGCUAAAGAAGAAGAAGAAGAAGAAGAAGAAACACAAAAAGUGUGACAAUACACCCUGGACUGUGGUGCCGAACAAGAAGCCGUCGAAGAAGAAGCCGUCGAACCAGUUGCUUGCCGACGGGAACUUGGGCGAUCCUCUCGAUAGAGCUGACGAUGGAGACGAGGUGUUCGAUUUUGCUAUCUACGAUGACACAAUCGCCGGACUUUACAAAAGUGAAAGAAAAGUUUCAUUUGAUGUUGAGGGACAGGAGUCAUUCUCGAUCGAUGUGGCCCGCUUUUUUUCUGGCUAUCUAAAAAUCACGAGUGGUUUCAUUUCAAGCGAUCGGAUCAGGCUCAACAUAAAAAAAAUCGACAAGACAAAGAGAUGUGUAUUGAAAGUCAAGAAAUACGAUCCCCAGUACGGAUUGUGCUUCCACGACCGCUCUCACACAACACCAUGGGAAGACUUUCGCGAUAGUGACAGCACCACUUUAUCCAUAGAUCUUGAUGGAGCAAUAAAAGACCUGAAAGAGUAUUCAAAAGAACGUAAAGAGUUCGGCCUAAUCGAGCUGUGGCUCGAGUGGGACUCGACAAGACAAAUAGUGGUGCCCUCUUUCCACAACUAUCAGCUGCAAAUGGGUCGAACACAAAUCGCGAAGAGUGCUCGAAAUCGAAUCGACAACCGAUGCACCUUCAUUAAAGAAGCAUUCUUCGAUCCGGACACUCGUAGGGCUCUAAUUGUCCCUAAAGCGGAAGGUGGAAUGCAUCCAAAUACAAACUUGUUGAAAUACGGUCUUCGCUAUUUGCACAAGGCUUGGCGUGUUUCCUUAAAUGUGCCGGAGUGGAUCGAAACAUCACCAACGAAACCCCUGGGAAUCAAUCUAGGCAAUCCGCGCACAUGGAAAGGAGUCAACAAAAAGCUCGAGGAGAACGGGUCUGUCAUCGUUCAAUUCGAUCUCCGGGGAACUGGACUCUCAGGCUACUUUGAGCUACGGAAAAGCCAAGGAAAGCUCGAAGCUCGGGUCGUUGACGGUCCGCCUCCGCAGGGAUGGAACAACGGUGGCGAAUCUCAGCGAUCAUCUCGAUGCAGCUCGAUUCGAUCU